UAUUUCGCUUCCUGGCGGAUAUUGUCGUUAAUGUUUACACCCCUAUAGAGUAGUCUCAACCUGCCACUUCCUCGUUUAAAAGUUUUCUUUUAUUUUGAAAAGUCAAAUGCGUCGUCGCCCUGGCCAUUCCAAUCCCUGUGCCCAAAAAAUUAACCCGAAUCGAAGUUUUACUUUCCAUUUCGAUAAAUGUAUCGACACAUUGACACUCGCGGUCGCCUCUCCAGCUAGCUCCGGUUAACGUGGAGGAGGCGCGAUGUUACCGGCCGCCGCCGCCGGGGACUCCGGGGUGAAGUUUCCAUUGCACUGCCUGGUGUGGGAGAAUGCCCACAGAGAGCUGGAGACCGAGCUGCACACGAAUAACAUCGAGGACGUGGACCCCAGAGGACGCACCCCGCUGCACCUGGCGGUGUCGCUGGGCCACCUGGAGUCGGCGAGGGUGCUUCUCCGACACGGUGCCGAGGUGACUCGAGAAAACGCCAAGAACUGGACGGUGCUGCAGGAAGCAGUCAGCACCGGAGACCCAGAGAUGGUUCAGCUGGUACUGCAGCGUCGUGAUUACCUCAAGGCCUCUACAGCCCUGAGCGGAGUGCCGGAGCUACUCACCCGCAUCCGCGAGUCUCCGGACUUCUACAUGGAGAUGAAGUGGGAGUUCACCAGCUGGAUCCCGCUGGUGUCCCGUGUGUGCCCGAGCGACGUGUGCCGUAUCUGGAAGAGUGGCGCUAGCCUGCGUGUCGACGCCACCCUGCUCGGCUUUGAGAACAUGACCUGGAUCAGGGGGAGGCGGAGCUAUAUCUUCAAAGGAGACGACAGCUGUGCCGAGCUGAUGGAGGUAAACCACGAUGAAGAGGUGGUAGACACCGAGCGCUUGGACAUCUCCCGCGAGAUGGAGGAGGUCACGCUCGACUCCAUGCAGCCCAACGAUCAGGAAGUGGCCAAGCGCCUGACCACGCCCAUUGUCAACACCUACCUGGACACCAAGGACAUCUCGUUUGAAAGGUGUAAAUCGGGCAUCUGGGGCUGGAGGUCAGACCGAACUGAAGUGGUGAACGGGUAUGAGGCCAAGGUGUUCUCUGUCAACAACGUGAAUGUCGUGACUCGCACGCGGACGGAGCACCUCACAGACGAAGAGAAGGCCAGAAUUAAAAGCGAGAGGAACAUUCUGGAAUCUUUUCUCGGCACGGUGGAACAACAGAUCAGCGCUCAGGGGGAUUUGACCCUGGAGUAUGCUACAGCUACAAACCCCACCGCCAUCACCCCAGAGGAGUACUUCAACCCCAACUUCAACCUUCAGGACCGAGACAUUGGCAGGCCCAUCGAGCUCACCAUCAGAACCCAAAGGUUUAAGGGGACCCUGUGGAUGAGUGAGGAACACCCCCUGUCUCUGGUGGAGCAGGUGACCCCCAUCAUCGACCUGAUGGCCCGCACCAGCUCGCACUUCGCCCGCCUCCGUGAUUUCAUCACCCUACGCUUCCCCCCGGGCUUCCCUGUCAAGAUAGAAAUUCCACUCUUCCAUGUGCUCAACGCCCGCAUCACAUUUGGAAACGUCAACCGGUGCAGCACGGAGGAGGCUGCCGAGGCGAGCGAGUCCGCCCCCGAGUCCGCGUGUGCCACGCCGUCGCCAGCCGUGGAGAAGCCAGGAGAGAGCGACGGAGCUUCAGCAGGCCCUGCCGCAUUCCACGUCUGUCCCAGUGUAUUCGCCAUCCCCGCCCACUACCGCCUCCGCGGGGCCGGCCGGCAACCAGCAUCCCGCCACCAUGCCGCCAGUCAUGAGGAGGAGCUGCUACAGUAUGCCAUCCACCAGAGCCUGCUGGAGUCCAACAGCUGCAACCCACAGGACACGUGGGGGGACUCCAAUGGAAUUCUGGGACGAGGCAUGGUGGACAGCCUCAGUGACGGCACUAUGUCCGAAGGUGUCCUGGUGGACCUGAGCGACGCCACGCCCACCAGCUCCGGCUCCGCCUCCAGCCCGGAUUCGGACCUCCGGCUGGCCAUCGAGCUGUCCAACCGCGCGCAGGAGGAAGAGGAGAGGAGGCGGCGGGAGGAGGAAGAGGAGCUGGAGCGGAUCCUGCAGCUCUCGCUCACGGAGAAGUGACAAAGGAGAGGUCAACAGUGCGCAGUGAGGGACACAAAGGCAGAGAUGGUUUCCCCUCGCCGCCAUAACCUCCAAGCCCUUCUCCCGCGCGCCUGUUCUGCUCUCCAAUGGGCUAAAUUACUCGCGUUAAGAAUCGGAUCUGUUUCCUAAAGAAACCCCUCCUUCCUCGUCCCAACGUUUAAGAGUGUGCUCGUGUGUGACGACCACGAGAUCGUUUUCGAAUGUACAGCACAGCAUUUUGCUCAUCCUCUCUUCGCCCCUCUCUGAGACAACGAAGCAGACCGCUGCUCUUCGUGUGUCGAGAGAGGAGCUCUGAGCUGCUUCACUGAGAUUGCUUUGAUAACUGAGCGCGUGUUUGUAACGUUCCCGAAAGGCCAUACUUUGGAAAGAGUGUGUGUGUUUGUAUGUGUGUGUGCGCGCAUGCGUGCAAGUGUGUAUGUAUUUGUGGUAUAAAUUGCAGAACUUGGUCGUCUUUUUUUUUUUUUUUUUCUGUGUCUGGGGUGGGGUUUUUUUUUGUUUUUUUUUGAGGGACUUUGUGUGUGUGUUUUGUAUGGGCUUCAAUUCCUGUUGUUGCAGUAUCUCAGGGUUCCUUCUGAAGUGUUCUAAAUGAGGCUUAGUUACAGUGGGAUGUUCGGCUAAGUGAUGGAGUGACGCGGCCAUCACAUACGGCCUUCAGCCACCACGUAUUGAAACGGCCGGAAACAAAACCUUGAUCUUGGACAUCCACCAGCCUCCAGAGUUCAGCUCCAUAGCCCUGCUCUUGGAGAUGCACCAGUAUCUGUCAGUUCCAGCCCUAAUCCUGCACACCUCCUGCAGCUAGCCCAACAUUUGAGGAGCACAUAGAUGUUAGAACUAGUGAAGUCGUCAGGGUUAUGGAGCUGAACUCCCAACUGUAGACAAAGACACAAAGCAUGCGACUAGAGAGAACAGCAGUGCUAAGAUGUACAUGGUGACGUACCACGUUGCCGAAUUGUCCUAAGUCUAACGUACAAACACAAGGGUUGGAAAAUAUCUCGGGAUGAGAAGGCAGAGCAGGGAUCAUUCCCUGACUUCCUCAUGAAUGCAUGCAGACACAGGGACAGCACAGAAUGUAGAAUCCUAGAGGCCUCGCGAUUGAAGGACAAACAGGCGGUUCCAUCGAGCUCUGGCACCUUCUCUCUCUCCUACCGGCGGACAGCCUCGGGUGAGAGCUCCUCCCGUCUCCACGAGCAAUACUGAAACCUCCGUGCCUCCUGGCCACAGAUAAGGUGGGGCGUUACUGCAGCUCUGCACACUCCGGCCGCAAGCUUAGGGCAUUCGGGCCCUGCCUCCCUUCCCCCACGGCCCCCCUGCCCCGUUGCUGUGGUAACCGGUGCCUACUGGUUUAACCGCGGAACCUCGUAAGGCCAUGUCUGUGGGCGCUUUCGCCCCGUGUUGCGUGGUUGACGUGGGAGUACAUCUUCCAUGGUUUCUGUGAGAAAUGGGAGAGUCUUCCAUGCGAUCUGUGAGAAACAGGGCUACAUAAAAUUGUGCUUCAUUGCUCUAGAGGUGCUUCAGCUUCUUUCAUGAUAAAUGCCAACACAAUAUCUCUUCCUUUUUUUUAAUGGUUAAUGUGAGUCUGAAGGUGUUUUAGGAAGUAGUCAUAGAUCUUCCAUUAUAUGCCACUACUGGGUGGUUUGUUUUUUUUGCUUGUUUAUUUGGGGUUUUGAAGAUGGCAGUUUGCUUGUAGUGGUAAGAUUUCCUCUGCCUCUGAGGAAGAGGAUUGCACAAGGACCCUCUCAGUUCCCACUCUUGCUGAUGUAGGAGCCCCACUAGCUUCACUGCACUGUUUGUGUGUGAGUGAACGUGAGGAGCUCUCGUGCACUGUGAGUGUGACCAAAUGUGAAGAGCCCUCAUGCACUGUGUGUGAGCGAGUGCUUGACGAGCUGUUGUGCACUCUGAGUUUGAGCGAGUGUGUGAAGUAUAUCCCAAAUCCCCGAGCCGGCCGGGCACGCUGCACCACGCUCAUUUUAUAACAGAACAUAACUUUUUAAUUUUGUCUAAAACUACAAUACUAUACAAUUAUAACGCCUGUGAUUUAAAAGUGGCAGGGCAGUUCUUUCUGCAGGAGACCGUUUGUCUUGGUUUCUGGUGUUUUCUGUUUUUUUGUUUGUUUUUUUUGAAAGAACUAAUUGCCAAACUACAUAAUGAGCUUUACCACAUUGGGGUUAGUAAUGGCUGAUUUCAGAUAACUGUCUUAUUUAAACUGCGUAAAUGGUGAAAGUGUGUGUUGACGAAAUCAGAAGGCUUUUGCAAACUGUGAUGUCUGUUUCCAAGGGGAUGACAAAAUUGUUUUCACUUCAAUAAAAGCACUUUAUAUGAC